AUGAAGAUAGAGGAGAUACAUAACAAGGAUCUAUCGCUAUCCGAUAGAAUUGAUACAUUGUACAAUUGGAGGGCAACCGAGUACUUCUUCCAAUACAUACAGGACAGUAGUAUGGUAGCCAGCAAGAUAAUACCAUUGAUUAUAGAGGGUUUAGCAGGAACGCAGGAAGAUAAAAAAAAGACAAUGUCUGUGCUUAUACGAAUUAGAAUAAACAGUACAAUCUCGCAUGAGUUGAUCGACAGGCUGAUAGAGAUACUUGAGAAGGACGCACUGACGAAUAUAUCUCUUGCUGUGCGGUGUCUAAUUGAGAUAACCAAGAAGACAAAGCCAUCUGUGCAUCAGCAUGUAAGGAUUCUAUCUGCGAUUGCGAACUUUUUCAAAAACCUGACAGAUGAUUUGCACUCAUUGGAGAACCAAAAUGAAACAAAACGGGCACUUUUGCUGAGCAGUGAGCCGGUUGUUCUGCUGCUGUUUCUGACCCAGAUAGCCAGGGAGGAGUUUAUAAAGAACUUUGUGCCUCUUGCAAAGGCUCUUUCGUCUUUUGUGCAUUUUUUCAUCCAGCGCACGGACUCGAUCAAUCUGUACCUUAUAAACGAGAAUAUAAAGCUGCAGUGCAUCACGACUCUUACGCAGAUUAUUUCACUUUUCAUGGGGGUUCUUAAAGACAAUCCGCCAGAGAUUGCAGCAAUGACCUCUUUUAUUCCAGAGCUGAGCAUAUUCCUGCUUGGGUACUGCCCUGAUGACGCAGUGAACAUUAAGAAGGACAUAUACCACCAUCUGAGUGUUCUGAAGACAGAGAAAAAGCGAGUCUUUGCCUCGUACUCAGAGAUCAUUCUCAAGGACGGGAUUCUUCUGCGGCCAAAGCACUCAGUGCUAAAGCUGCUUGGGCUCACGCUGUCCACAGAGUUUUUGAUAAUGUUUAGGGACAUUACGCACCGGCAUCUUUCCCUAAAGGUGUGCAAAGAGGCAGCCAAGAUCAUGUGCGAAUCAAACGACCACACGCUGAACAAGCUGUGCGCAAAUGUGUUGGUGCAGAUAAACGACACAACAAUCAGCGACAACAUAAGCAUAGCAGAGAAGGGUUUCUUUAUCCGAAUGAACUAUGGUGCGUUUGUCACUGCGUUCAGACAAUACAGUGAGAUCCCAGUGACAGAGGAGACAAAGAAUGUGCUGCGCUCAAUCAUCCGGGGCAUGAAAAACACAAUGCACUACUUCUCCCUCUUCCAGAACAUUCCCUCGAAUGCAAUUGUGUUCUCUCUCAAGUGCUUUAGCCCGUAUGAGGUGCAGGAGCUGUCAAACAACCUAGGCAUUGCUUUCAAGCCCUUCAACCAGUUUGACUUGGAGAAAAAGGCAGACAUUAUUAUUGUUUGCGAGUUUCUGCUGAUUUUCUUCUACCUGGAUGCAGCGCUCUUUGAAAAGGUGCUACUAGACAACGUAGGAAUCCUUUUUGAAAGCACAAAAAAGAACAAAGACAUGUUCAUCAUAUGGAGGCAGUUUUUGGCGUAUGCCGGUGUGGCAAGAAAGUUUGCAGAUGUGAUCAUACAAGAGCUCCUAAAGAUUCUGCACAACGAAAAGGACAAGCAGUUUAUUAUUCUUGCAUUCAGAGAGAUUUUUACAUCAUUCACAGUGCACACAGUAGAGAUUGAGAGCGUAGUGGCAAGCAAUCUGCCAGAGCUGUUUAAAAAGUGCCUGAUGCCGGAAGAGCGGCUUCUAUAUACGCUUGAGAUCGUAAAAGAUCUGUUCAAUGCGGCAGGAAAGGAAAAGCUUGAGAUUCUGCAUAAGGAAAUGGCUCUGGUGCUUCCUGGGUUCUUUGCAAAAAUAGAAGAGAUCACAAGGCUCUACCCAAACAGAGUUGAGCCAGUUGAACUAAUUCUGACAAUAUCAGUGAAAAUAUCAGGGCUUCUUCCGUUCCUAGGACAGAUGGCAAAGGCACUAGUGUGCGCACUGCGAAUGAAAAAUCAGCUGUCAGCACUUGCCAUGGAGACACUCGAGACUUGUGUGGAUAACUUAAAUGCAGAGCUUCUGAUGUCCUAUUUAAGCGAGGAGAUUGACAGCAUAUUCACUGCGCUGGUGAACCUUGUGCACGAGGAAGAAAGCUCUGUUAUGGCAAUUAAGCUGCUUGGAAAGCUCUCUGGGAAGGCAAGGGCGUCAUUCAAUGUACCGGCUAUCAGCCAGGCAGAGCAAAGCUCAUCUCUCACAGUAAUAAUCCCAGGAAAGACAGACAGAAUUCGCGUGCCAAUUCACGGCGUGCUGAAAGAGGCUGCCCGGGUCCUUGCAGGAGAAAAGCCAGGCAGCCAGGAGCAGGCCCUUACACUAGUAGGGCACUACUUCUACACGUUCUUUAAGUGGGAAGACCUGUCGGACAAGAUUCUUCACAUAUGGAGCAAGGAGAUAGAGAUUAUUAAGGAGGCAGAUUUUAAGGAACUGCACAGCAAGGUGCGGUCUGGAGUGUUCACACCAGUGGACGACGAGUGGCCCACUGAAGAAGAGCUUAUCACCAUACCAUGCGAGCUGAUCAAUGCGCUGUUCAAGUGCGCAGCAGAUCCAAGAGAAAAGACUAAUACGCCCAUACAGAAUACAAUGACAACUGUUACUGACAUGUACACAGGGAGCGUGCUCUCUGCAGGACUGCAAAACAGCGCACAGACAGAGGAAGGAGACGGAGAUGGUGCAGGCCAGGCAACUGCCAACUCCAUAGAGGCAAAAAAGCUGUUGAUUUUGCUCUACUCAUUUGUCUCAAUCUUCAAGUCUCUUGAGCUGAUUUACUUUGAAGAGUUCCAGAAAAGAGUGCGAGUUGAUGUGGCGCAUCUGAUAACAUCACUGACCCAGGCCUUUGGGCACCAGCAGACAGAAGGUGUUGCGCAGUCUGUACUGAGCACAAUGUACAGCAUAUCCCUUAACAUAUGCGGGUCUCGUGAGAAAACAUCACAAAUGACACUUUUCUACAACAUACUCCACUCGUUCUGCUCCGCAUGCUAUGCGAACAGCGAUAGAGAGAAGAUGUGCGGCAUCCAGGGCAUUCUAUUUAUGACACAGUCUUUGGAUAUAGGCGUGAGCUGGCUGCUGUACCAGGAGAUCCGCAUUGUCAAGGCACUCUUCUUCUCGCUCUCUUCAAUUCGGUACAACAAUGUUGAAAGAGUGAGAGAGGGAAUAUUCCACAUAUGCAGAACAGCACAUGACCCAGCUGUGGAAACAGAGCCAAUAUCGUCUGAGUACUUUAUGCAGCUGAUAUUCACAUUUGCGCAGGAACUAAGCCAUCCACUGGAAAGAGUGCGCAUGGUGGCUAGAGAGUGCCUGGACUACAGUGCAGAGCUAUUCGGGUCAGAUGUCUCUGCAUUCCUUCUGCCAAUCAAAGAAAAGAUUCUGGCACAGGUUCUUAGUAAGCCACUGCGUGCACUGCCAGAUGGAAUCCAGAUAGGAAACAUGGAGGUGAUGAGAUAUCUGUUUGGACUGCGGCCGCCUCUUAUGAGCAUUGACGAACGGCUGGAGAGAUUUAUUGGCGAGGCCUUCAGAAUUAUCGCGUCACCCAACGGCACAAUUGAGAUGAAAAAGGCAGCAGUGCAGCUAUUUGUGGCAGCAGCUGUUUCGCCAGACUUUAGCUCAAUGCACUCGCUGAUGAAGAUAUCGCAGAUGCUGAUCAAAGGCCUGUUCUCAAAAGAGGAGGAAAUAUGCGAGGUGUGCCGAGACGGACUGCGUCAGAUGUACAUCUUGGGAAGAGAGCCAGACAGAGAACUUUUGCAGACAUGGCUGGUCCCAAUUGUGAACACCAUAGGACAGAAAAAGAAUGUUGAGUCGAUCAUCUCUGGGCUAGUGCAUUUGCAAGACCUGGAUAGAGAGAUCUUUAAAACAGGACUGGCAAGCAGCUUGCUUGAGAUAAUUGGGCAGCAAGGAACAGGUGAAAGUCUAUCAGAGGAGAUUGUAGACAUGAUCUACGAAAUAUUCGCAAAAACACCCCAACUACCAGAGGGCGAGUUUCUCACCAGGUCAGUGCUAACAUAUGUGCACCACUUUAAGACAAUGCUGCCAAAGAAGAAAGGAAAGGGUAUAUCUGAGUACCUGUCUCUUAGGCCCCUUGCAGCAAGCUUUUUAUUCAGGCUUGCAAAUGACGACGACACAGCAUACUACAUUCUGCACAAGCAUCUGCAGGAGGCGUCUGCAGGAGGUGCAUUUAGGAUAAACAAUCUUAACAUAAACACGCAGACAGGCAGCAGCACCUCAGGCGGACACUACAGAAAUAACCACCCAAUGGCAGUCUCUGCGCAGUCCACUUGGAGACAGUAUGUGCUGUCAGACGCAGCAGGCGAGAUAUUUUCAAUGGACAGCAUAGAAAGAAUGGUUGAGAUGUGGAGAGAAACCUCAGGAGAUGCAGAGUUUGAGAGAAUUGUAAGGAAGUGGUGCUUCAAGUCAGUGGAGGGCUUUAUUCGAUACUACACUGCAGAAGAACUCAGGACUGCACCAAUUAGGACACCGCAAGAGAAUGGCGAGACAGUUCUUUCCCUGUUCUUAGAGGCACUUGAGAAAAAGAUAAUACUGAACAUUGAGCCGAAAGUGCAGAAGAGAAUUCUCCAAACGGUUGAGCCCCUCAUCACAGACAAGUCUAUUUUAUGUGUGGACGGGCUUCCUGCGUGGCGAAUUGAGGUGGCUCUGAUGCUUAUAAAGGAAGACCCACUGCCCCUCAUACAGAAAGCCACUCCGCAGCCUAAGACAAAACAGCCUACAAGAGCAACUGCACGGUCUGGACUAAAAAGCACAGGGAACUCCCGAGGAGGCAGCCCCAUGAUGAAUGAUAACAUGAGAAGCGCAAAGGCAACUGCAGACAGGUAUACUAUAGCAGACUACCUAACAAAAGUGCUGGAGCUGGAGGCAUUGGAGCCCGUGGAUGCAAUAAGAAUCACUGCCUUUUUAGUUGAGUUUGACCCAACACCAAACACAGACGGGUUUUUGCCCCUUAUUACUGCGCAUCCUGAGUAUGCGGAGCAUGCAAUCAAAGGAAUAGUUGCGCUUUUAAAAAGAUAUGGAGUAGAGCCAUUUAUUGAAAGCAUCUCGUCUGCACUGGAGGAUGACACUCUUUAUAGAACGCAUCUGUACAUCUUCCUUCCAGCAAUAGUGAAGGUCCCGGAGCUAUUCACAGGCUCAGGAAUAGAGGCUGUUGUGUGCACCAUGAUACAACGGCUAUUUAUUUCUGGAAGCGCAAAGAUCGCACUUCUUCUUUUGCAGGCCUCAAUUGUCUGGUAUAAGGAAGGCGCAAUAUGCGAUGGAGUUGCUUUGAUUUUGACGAGCUCUUAUGUUCUGUACUAUAUACACAAUAAGCCCGGGGAUGUGGUGAGUGGCAUAUCUGCCCUUCCAUUCUAUGAAGAGCCAAUUAUAGUCUCGCCGGAUAGGAUAAACCCGCAGUCUGUGGCCAAUCUAUACACUGAGGUAGCAAAGAAUAAUAAAGUACUCGCAUUCAGCCUGCGAGGCGCAGUAAAUGCAUGCUUGGUGGAGGAGGGAUGUGCAGCACUGGAGCAGAUUAUACCAGUAGCAGCAAAGAUCGACAAAGAGUGCAUUAGUGAGAUAUUCCAGGGACUAAUUACAAAAGGCAUAUUCCCGAAGCUGGCUAUAACAUGUGCAGAGCUGCUGAAUGGAGAAGAGGCUGCAGAGCAGGCAAUGCGCAUGCUGGAAAAAGGUCUGAAAGAUGGGGCUACUACGCUGUCUGACUCUCUGCCUGCAGGACUGAAGCUUGCCCUAAAGUAUCCAACAACUGAAAUUCUUACAGUGCUUGCGCAGAUACUUUCCAGGCACCCAGAGGUCUUCAGGUACUCCGAAACAGCAGAGGGCGUGGUCAGUAUAGUGCAGAGCCCAAGCGUGCCUUCGUCUUUGAAACAGAGCGUGCUGCUGGCCAUGGAGUCAGAAGAGCACCAGGAGAUAAGGCUGGGCCUGGUUUACACUGCAUAUAUAGACCCGCAGAUGCACAGAGAGGAUAUAGUUGCAGGCCUGCAGCCGCUGUUUGUUAAGGGGCUUGCAUGCCCCACAGAUAGAAUUCGGGCGGAUUUCUUCAAGAUAUUUGACCAAAGUGUGUCUUCCCAUGUAGAAGAAAGGCUUCUGUACCUGAGCACCUUUGAGUGGGAUCUGUUUGAGAAGGGCACUUGGCUUCCAGCUUUCUGCCGAAUGGUUUUAGGACUGUUUGACGUAGUGGCUUUCCAGACAGUGGCAUUUUGGGACCUGAACGGACUGGAGUUUCUGGAGAAAGACGGGCAUGCAAGCAGAACUCUAUCUGGGCACGGUAAAUCACCAUCGUUUUCAGAGAGCCCUGAGUCUCUGUCAGCACUUUUCCAGGAGUUCAAAAGAUACAAAGCCAGCAAGCAGACCAUUAUGGGCAGCAUUCUGUCACUUCUGUACGGAAAUGAAGAGGCGUCCUCGCAGAUUAUUAGGUGCCUUCUUCCUGGAAUUAUUGAGCAUCUGCCAGAGCGCACGAAAACAUCGCUGCAUGUAAGGAUUGAGGACAUGCUUAUUCGCUUAGGGAAAUCCAGAGUGCCGCGCAUAGCAGAAACAGCAGAAUGUCUUAUUCUAGGAAUAUCCUCCCUUUGCCAAGGUGCAUCUAGAUAUACUUCGAUAGAUUCGCUUGUGCAGAAGGAUAACGGACAGAGAUCUCAGAGUGAGGAGCAUGAUGAGAACAGGAAGUGCAUUGAUAAGUGCAGAGUUCUUGAGGUGGCAUAUCACACGGGAACGUGGGCAGCCUCUGCAUAUGUUUUACAUGACAGACCUGAGUCAGCAACUGUUUACAAUGCAAUUGAAGAGAAAGACUACUUCCUUGCACAGCUAAGGAUCUCUGCAUUUUAUCCAGAAACAGUCCAGGCACUUCUUCUACAGCAGAUUGGAGACAUUAAGGGGGCACAGGCAGCAUACGAGGACAUUCAAACAAAGGCCCAGAGCGGAAUUCUUCUCUACAAUGAGUCAGAGUACAAGAUUUGGGAAGAGCAGUGGAUCGAAUGCGCAGAGCAAAUGCAGCAGUGGGACCUGCUCUCUGAGAUUGGAAUAGCCACAAAGAAUCCAAGCCUAACUGUAAAAGCCAAAUGGCACACACUUGACUUUUCAAUUGAGUCAGAUAAAAGCGCCUUCAAAGGUCUACUAGAUGACAUAUCUUUGGUGGAUAAGACGUUUUACUAUCUGUUCGUGGUUGGUGAAAAGACCGAUGAGACGGAAGAGUUCCUCUACAGAAUUGUCACGUCUACAAUAGAUGAAAUAGCAAAGUAUCCGCGGCUUUCACCAAGACAGCUGCACGCCAUUGAGAGAUUCCAGAUAGUUGUGGAGAUGAAUGAGUCAUGGCAGAUCACAGCGUCAGAUGACCUGCGAAGAGAUCUGAUAGGGAUUCUGCAGGCUUGGAAGGAGCGAGUUCCAUUUGAGUGGGCAUCCAUCUCGUUUUGGACUAUGCUGGUUCGGUGGAGAACACAUGUGUUUUCUUCCAUAUGGAACGGAAAGGCAAAAGAGAAAACUCUGCAGUACAGAGGCUACCACGAGACAGCACAUAUUCUGAAUCUGUUUUCAAAGACCCUUCGAAAGCAUCAGAUUCUUCCUGCUGCUCUAUCUAACCUAGACAGCAUAUACACGCUUCCAAAUAUCGAAAUAUCAGAUGCGUACAUGAAGCUGGAAGAGCACGGAAAGUGCUAUUUGCAGAUGAAGGAGUAUGCAGCAGGGCUUGACCUUCUUGGUAUGACCAAUUUGAACUACUUUACAGCAGCACAGAAAAGCGGAGUGUUUUUGCUACGCGGUACGCUUCUAGAAGGAAAGGGCGCAGUUGACGAUGCAGCAAAGGUGUAUGCGCAGGCAGUGCAGGUGUAUCCAACAAAUGCAAAGGUGUGGUACAAGUGGGGGCUUCUUUCAUGCAAAACAAAUCGCGCAAAUGCAAUCAAUGCGUUUAUGCAGGCAGUGUCUAUAUCACCAGGAUCACUAGCAAGAAAAGCAGUGGUGGAGAUAGUUGCGCUGAUGGAUCUUGAGGCAACCAACAAGGAAAUUGAGAAGGUGUUUGAGGCAGCGUCUACAGAAAUUGACUGCUGGUGCUUUGUGCCGUUCAUCAUACAGAUAGUUUCUAUUCUGGCAAGCAGCGGCUCGCUAAUGGCAGUGUCGAUACUUUCACGAGUGGCGCAUGUAUAUCCGCAGGCUGUGUACUUCCCAGUGCGAAAUGCAUUAGAAGAGGAGCGAAGAAAAGGCAUAAAGGAGGGACCCAUAUCGGAUCUGUGGACAUUCUUAAAGACAGGGUUUACGCUCAUGUGCAUAAACAUUGAGGGCAUUGUGGAGAGUUUUACCAUGCGGCUGAGGGCGUCUGCUGAAGAAGAGUUCUACCGGCUGCUUACAGCUCUGCUGUCUGAGUCACUUCAGCAGCUAUUUGGAAAGGAGCCAAGAGAGAACGGGUCUCUGCUUAUAGCAAUACAGAAGAUCUCUGAGAUGAUAGGGAUGUCUUCACUGGCACCGAAAUACAAAAGCUCUUUUGAUGAGGACUUCUCUUUCUUUGUGUCAGAGAGCUUGCCACCGCAGAGCAUUCUUGAAUUGGCACAAAAGCUGCUUGUCUGGAAGAAAAGCAUGGAAAGGCUGCUGCUAUCGCAUCCUAGGUCUAUUAGCAUUGAAAAUAUUUCUAGAAGACUUGUGGACUUUGACCAGCGCAACGACGAUAUUGAGGUCUUUGGGCAGUAUGUCGAUAUAUCUGACAGAGCACCCCAGAUGGUUAAGAUUUCCAGAUUCGAGCCCAGCAUCAAUAUAAAGAGAAGAGGAGGCAUAAGCCUGAGAGAGCUAGCAAUUCGUGGAACCAACGGAAAAGUGUACCCAAUACUUCUGCAGAUGCCAUCUGGAAAGACCGCAAGAAGAGAAGAGCGCUUUAUACAGGCGCUUGCACUUUUCAACGCAUCAAUUGCCAAGACAGUGGAGAUAAAAAAGAGAAGAGGGUGCAUACCAAUUAAAAAGAUUGUGUCUCUAAACAACCAGACGAAGAUCUUCAUAGAAGCAGAGCCUAUGCAAUCGCUUAAUGACAUACUUCACAAUGAAAUGGGGGCAGAAGGUGUUUUCCAGAUGAUAUUCCAAUGCAGGCAGGAGCUCCAUGGGGCUGACAAUAAAACCUCGCUGCAGGAAGCAGAUGCAAUCGACCCAGAGAAGAGAGUGAAGAUGUUUUUGAAUACCUGCAGUCGAGUAGGCGAAGAUCUCAUCUAUAAGCACUUUAUGAACAGCUUCAAUUUGCAAAGUGACUUUUUCUACUUUAGAAAGUCGCUGUCCAUCUCCUACAGCAUCCACUGCUUUAUGUCGUAUGUAUUUUCAAUAGGAUCGCGCAUGCCAUCCCGUCUAUUUGUCGGGGAAAGCACAGGAAAGGUAUACUCUAUAGACUUCUAUCCAUCUUUCAGUGACAAAGCACUAUUUGAAGAGGUUCCUUUCCGAAUGACCCCAAACAUACAGAAGAUAAUAGGGCGCGCAGGACUUGAAGGGCCUUUCUUUACUACAAUGUACCACAUGGCAGCUGCAUUGUCCAAGAAAACAUUCUUGAUGCGGUAUAUGGAUGUCCUGGCAAGAGAAGAGGAAGGCAUAGAGCAUGCAGAAAAUAGUAUGCGAAUAGCCAGACAUAAGCUGCACGAACUGCUUCGAAUGGAUGACAGCCCAUCAAUGAGCAUUGUUAAGUUGGUUGGAAAUGCAACCAGUCCAGAAAGACUUUCUAUGAUGGAUCCACAGUGGCACCCGUGGCUGUAA